ACCCCCGUUCAUUUCCCCAUCAUUUCCUCAACAUUCCUCUCUCUCUAGAAAGGCAGCCUAGAGCUGCCUCUCUCUCUCUCUCUCUCUAGGUUUCCUCGACUCUUCACAAACCCCGAUCGGAACCAAAACGGAACCUGUACAGCUCUUUCAACUCGACCGACUCGUUCGGAUUCCGGGUUGUGUUCUGCAGCUUCUGCUGGGACAGAACUAAUUGCUGCCUUGCUGCAAUUAUUCUUUCACUCUAUAUUUCGCGCUGCUUCUAUAAUCUGACUCAAAUUAUUCUGCUGCUGCCUCGUGGGAGGUGCCAUACAUUAUAGAGUUUGUGCUGAUAUUUGACAUCUAAACAUGACAAAGGAGAGAAGAAACCGUUCUGUGUCUUCUGAUAGGUCCAGGGCAUCUCCUUUUCCUUGCAGCUCAAGUUGCUCAAGACAAUCAUUGUCCAUAAACCCUUCGGACAGUGAAGAGAGUGUGAAAGAAUGGGAGGAAGCUCGAUGCCCUGUGUGCAUGGAACAUCCACACAAUGCAAUCCUCCUCAUGUGUUCAUCCCAUGAGAAAGGAUGCCGCCCCUACAUGUGUGACACAAGCUAUCGCCACUCCAACUGUUUCGAUCAGUUUUGCAAGUCAUUUGCCGAAACACAAUCAAUGAACCAAGAAAGCACUCCACUCUCUUUAGAGCACUCCACAAGUGGAGUGAUAUCGGAACAAACAACUACCAAUUUACCGGUUGAAACAAUUGAGGAAGGGCCCGAGGUGAAGUCAAAGUUGGUAUGCCCCCUUUGUCGCGGAAAAGUGAAUGGGUGGGUCGUAGUAGACCCUGCCCGCCUUUUCAUGGAUGCAAAAUCAAGAAGCUGUGCUAGUGAGGCAUGCAACUUCAGUGGGACGUACAAAGAUCUAAGGAAGCAUGCAAGGCUUGAGCACCCUUCUGUGCGGCCAUCAGAGGCAGAUCCAGAGAGGCAGCGGAGCUGGAGGAGGUUGGAGCGGCAAAGGGAUCUUGGGGAUUUGAUUAGCACACUCCAAUCUUCUAUUGGUGAGGUAAGGAGUGAGGAAGAGGACAGCGUUUUGUCUUUUGACGAAGGAGGAUGGCUUACCGUGUUUUUGCUCAUUAGGGUUUUCCGACCGAGUAAUAGUUCAAGGAGUAGAAGUAGUGGGUGGUCUGCGUCACGAGCGAGAGCACAAGUGACUGUUAGACGGAGAUCAACUAGACUUUGGGGUGAGACCCAUGAUGGGGAAAAUGGAUCUGUUUCCCGAAACGAUGAUAAUGAGAAUUCGGAUGGUGGAUCGGGUUCUCAGAGGCGCCGGGUCAGGCGAAGAACGACACCUGAUAAUGAGCCGUGAUUGUGAUUCGUGUUGAUUUAGUUCCGAUAUUUCAAUCUGUGUGAAGAGAGGAAAGAAGUGCAAGUUGCUUGCUUGAAACCUUGCUCUGUUCUACCGCGUGUGGAACAGUUAUUGCUUGGAGUUGCGUACCAGUGAUCUCAGAUUUUAAGUUUAUUUUUACCUUGGUAAUUAUACAUUCCUUUGGUCUAUCUAUCUUUUGCUUCACUUGCGGGUGAUGCAAAUACAUAUGAAUUUCUAUUUGGAUUGUGAAUACAUUUGGAAUUUAUUUCCUUGAAACUUUGUGCUCUGUUCCCCGAGUGUGUGGAACAGUUGUCGCUUGGAGUUGCAGAAUGGAUUGUGUACCGCAGAAACUCGAAUUUUUAUUUAAUUUCCUACAUGACUAAUUUUACAA